CCGAGCGGGGGUUUUCGCUCCAAACUCAAACCCGGAGGAACAAUAAGAGCGGGAGGGAAGAGCCGUUUGAUUCCCUCACUCCAUCCCGCUCUCGUACAUCCCAUUCAGGCGAGCUCCACUGGAAAAAUGCCGGCGGACAGCCGCUGCUUGACGGUCCUUGGUGAAUUCAAGCCAUUUGGCUUGAUCGCGGAAGCUCUCGACGGAAAACCAGCUGACGUAAUUACUGACAAGUACGACUAUUUUCUUUUCGAUCCCAAAGUUGCUCGAGACCGUGGCGAGGAAGAUACCUGCGACGAGGCUACUUCCGCGUUGUGUAAUCAGGGUGAUCACGAGCUUUUCAUCCGAGGGAAUCGGAUUAUAUGGUCGACGGGUUCAAGGGUUUUUAAGAGAUUUACUUUGCGAUCCCCAGUCAUCAUGGUAUGUUGGUGUCAUAUGGGCCCUGCAGCUGAACCUCUUCUGUGCAUACUACAAAUUGAUUGUUUGACAAUCUAUAAUACGUUGGGAGAAGUUGUAUCUCUUCCACUUCCACAUACAAUCUCAUCUAUAUGGCCGCUUCCAUUCGGUUUAUUACUCCAGCAGGAGGUUGAAACAAAUAUACCAUCAUGUGUUCCCUUUUCAUCUUCAUCUUCAAGCCCAUUGCCAAGUGCACAUGCUUUGUGGCGCCCAAGAAGAGAACUUGGACACAGUCCACAGCAAUGUUUUAGUCCCUUUAGUGCACCUAAUAAUAUCCAAAAGGGAGAGGCGGCUACGAUAUCCUCACAUCUAAUAUGGAUGGAUCCAUUGGAUGAACAAAAACCAAUCUUUAUUGAAGAAAGAGGCAAAUUGAUCAUAAUGAAGGAAUAUGAGGAAAAGACAAUUUGGACAAGUGAUCUGGUCCCUCUCAUGGCAUCUUAUAAUAAAGGAAAGAUGCAGCACUCUCUGUGGGUUGCAGAAGUCAUUGGUUCUAACCAUGAUAAGGCAGGCACUGGUUUGUUAAAUGUAGAUCCUGCAGGUGUAUUGCCGAAACAUUUGUCCUUUCGUAGAAUAUGGCAGGGAAAAGGCGCUCAUGUAGCUGCUUGUAAGGUUUUCAUGGCUACUGAUGAUGAUGCAGCUCCUGUUGUCUGCUUUCUUUACCAAGAACAGAGAAAGUUGUUAUCGGUAUGGCUUCAAUAUGUGGAAAUAAAUAAUGAAUUUGUCUUUGAUGUUAAACCUGAUAUGAGCUGGAGCAUACCUGCAAUUGCUGCUUCUCCAGUGACUGUAACUCAGCCAAGAGUGAAAGUUGGACCACUGCCAUAUUCAGACAUCAUAGUUUUAGCCCCAGAUAACAUUCUGCAUCUCUAUUCUGGGAAGCAAUGCUUGUGUAGAUAUAUGCUACCUUCUUGCUUGAGUGAAGGUCAAUUAUCUCAAGAUUUGGAAUUUCCGGAAACAACAUUUCUGUCCCAUGAUAUAAAAAUUACCGGCUUGGCUGAUGCUGUUGGUGGGCGUAUCAAUGUAAUAGUGAAUAAUAUGAAGAUUUACAGAUGUGCAUUACAGUGGAGCCCAUCAUCUUUAUUAACUGAUGAUUGCAUCACUGCACUUGCUGAGGGGCUUAGUUUUAGCUUCUACAGAUAUUUCCUUGGUCACCUCUGGAGAGAUGGUGACCCUGACCAUUUGUCAGACUCUGGCGUUGAUUCAGAGUGGGACUCUUUUUGUAGUGUAAUCAUGAAAAUAUGCGGAAAAUCUAGCUUGAUGUCACAAAAGCAUUCAACUUCAGUGGCACACUCAGCUUGGGACUUCCUUAUUAGAAGUCAAUUCCACAGGAACUUCUGCAAAGUAAACUCUGUUUCUGGAAUAUCUUGUGCUAGAUCACUUGGUUGGCAGGAAGCAAAUUCCCUUAGUUCAUCUAUUGAUUGUACAGAGACUUCUGAAAAUCCCUUUUAUUCUGAACUGUUAAUGGAAGGUCUAGAAUCUCUUCAUGCAGUCUACGAGAGUCUGAAACUGGAUAAUCUUCGAAAAGGAGAUUUGGCGCUUUUAGCAGUUCUCUUAUGCAACAUUGCUGAAUUUCUGCGUGAGGAAAACUACCUGGAUCAUUACAUUCGAGAUUUUCCUGGCCUUUCUUCCCUGUUCCUGAUGUCUAGAACCACCAUUUCCUGGAAGAUGAAAACUCCUCCCAAUUUAUUCAGGUGGCUGGAGAACUGCUUGCAACAUGGAUAUACUUCUGCUAAUAUUAUUGAUCUUCCUUCUUUAGUUCGUAAAGAUGGAAGCUCUGUGGUGAGCUGGGCUAGGAAAAUAGUCUCUUUUUAUAGUAUAUUAUCCGGUGCUAAAUUGUUCGGAAAGAAGCUUUCUUCAGGCAUUCACUGUAACAUUGCCUCAGGAUCACAUUGUUCAAAGGAGGAAUUAACCGUUUUGGCAAUGGUUGGGGAGAGGUUUGGACUUCAACAGCUAGACUCACUCCCCUUUGGUGUAUCUCUUCCACUGCGUCAUGCAUUAGAUAAGUGUCGAGAUUCUCCUCCCAAUGACUGGCCAGCUUCUGCUUAUGUCCUUCUUGGCCGACAAGAUUUGGCAAUGUCAUCUUUGGCACGUGAAAGCAAGUACAGGGAAUUUGAAAGACCAACCAAUGUGAACGUAAUCUCUAUGUCCACCCCUUACAUGCUAAACCUGCAUCCGGUCACAAUAUCUUCUACUAUUUCUGAUGCAAUUGGAUUGGAAGGUGCAAAGUUUGAGGACACCGAUUCUGUUGAGGGGUCUAUGAUUGAUGGUAUGGAGCAUAUUUUUAACUCAAGCACUCAGUUGCGUUAUGGGCGUGAUCUGAGAUUGAAUGAGGUUAGACGCCUUUUGUGCUCUUCAAGACCUGUGGCUAUUCAAACAUCUAUUAACCAUAGUUCUUCUGAUCAGGACCUCCAGCAGGCUCAACUUUGGCACCUUGCCCAAAGGACUACUGCACUUCCUAUAGGACGUGGGGCAUUUACUCUUGCAACCAUACAUACACUCUUGACUGAGGCAUUUACUGUUCCGAAGCUUGUUUUAGCAGGUCGGUUGCCUGCCCAACAAAAUGCGACUGUUAAUCUAGAUCCCAACAUUAGGAACAUACAAGAACUCAAGGCUUGGCCUGAGUUUCAUAAUGCUGUUGCCGCUGGACUAAGACUGGCCCCUCUUCAGGGGAAAAUGUCAAGAACAUGGAUAAUAUACAAUAAACCUGAGGAGCCAAACUCUAUUCAUGCUGGACUUCUCCUUGCUCUAGGAUUGCAUGGAUACCUGCGUGUCUUGAAUAUUACAGAUAUAUAUCAGUAUUUUUCUCAGGAGCAUGAAAGCACAACCGUAGGGUUAAUGCUUGGUCUGGCAGCUUCUUAUAGAGGUACCAUGCAACCAGCAAUAUCAAAGAGCCUUCAUGUUCAUAUUCCUGCCCGGCAUCCAUCUUCCUACCCAGAGUUAGAGGUUCCAACUCUCCUUCAGUCGGCAGCCUUAAUAUCAGUGGGUUUUCUGUACGAAGGUUCAGCACACCCACAGACUAUGCAGAUUUUAAUGGGUGAAAUUGGCCGCAGAAGUGGAGGUGACAAUGUUCUUGAGCGGGAAGGCCAUUCUGUUUCUGCAGGAUUUGCCCUUGGUCUUGUUGCCUUAGGGCGGGGAGAAGAUGCACUUGGUUCCAUGGACACAUUUGUGAAUCAACUAUUUCUUUUCCUUGGUGGCAAAGUUUACUGUGAAGGAUCUCAUUUCUCAACACUGGCAAUGGAUGAAAAUCGCAGUUCAACGCAGAUGAUGGAUGGAACAACUGUCAAUAUUGAUGUCACUGCACCUGGAGCUACAAUUGCUUUAGCGUUGAUGUUUUUGAAGACAGGAUCAGAGGCUAUCGUGUCAAGGCUUUCAAUUCCUAAUACCCGGUUUGAGUUGCAAUAUGUGAGGCCAGACUUCAUUAUGCUUCGUGUCAUUGCCCGAAAUUUAAUAAUGUGGAGCAGUGUUCAUCCCUCAAAAGAUUGGGUUGAGUCCCUGAUUCCCCAGAUUGUCAGAAAUGGUGUAGAAGUCCUUGGAGAUGAUGUAAAUGACAUUGAUGAUAUGGAUGCUGAGGCUUUUGUACAGGCUUAUGUUAAUGUAGUGGCUGGAGCUUGUAUAUCUCUUGGGCUGGUGUUUGCUGGAACAAGAAAUGAAAAUGCGCAGGAGUUACUUUAUGAUUUUGCGAUGUACUUUCUUAAUGAGAUCAAGCCUAUUUCCUCCACAAGAGGAAAUUCUUUGCCAAAAGGGCUGUCCCGAUACAUUGAUCGUGGCACAUUGGAGAUAUGCCUUCAUCUCAUCGUUCUUUCCCUCUCUGUGGUGAUGGCUGGGUCUGGACAUUUACAGACCCUUCGUUUGCUGAGGUUUCUGAGGAGCAGAAAUUGUGCUGAUGGGCAGUCUAGUUAUGGCAUUCAGAUGGCAGUCAGCCUAGCAAUUGGUUUCUUGUUCCUUGGAGGUGGAAUGCGGACAUUUUCAACAAGCAACAGUUCCAUUGCUGCUUUACUCGUUACUCUUUACCCACGGUUACCUGCUGGCCCAAACGAUAAUCGUUGCCACCUUCAGGCAUUUCGCCAUCUAUAUAUCCUUGCAACUGAGGCACGCUGGAUUCAGACAGUUGAUGUUGACACUGGUUUGCCUGUUUAUGCUCCUCUUGAGGUCACAAUUAGAGAAACUGAACAUUAUGCAGAAUCAAGUUUUAGUGCGGUUACUCCUUGCCUUCUGCCAGAACGUGCUAUUUUGAAAAGAAUUCAUGUUUGUGGGCCCCGCUACUGGCCCCGACUAAUAGACUUUGCCCCUGAAGAUAAGCCUUGGUGGAAUUUUGGUGACAAUGACAAUCCAUUCAAUUCUGGUGUUUUGUAUAUCAAACGAAAAGUUGGAGCCUGUUCAUAUGUUGAUGAUCCAAUUGGAUGCCAGUCACUUCUUUCCCGGGCAUUGCACAAGGUGUUUGGUUCGACAAGUUUGAAAGCAUUUGAUCCAAUUACUGACGGCCAUAGUGAACCUGGUUCUGUUACAGUGGACCAGUUGGUCAGUACCUUCUCAUCUGAUCCUAGUUUGAUAGCUUUUGCACAACUGUGCUGUGACCCUUCCUGGUAUAGUAGGUCUGAUGUUGAUUUCCAGGAAUAUUGCUUGCAAGUAUUAUUUGAGUGUGUUAGCAAGGAUAGACCGGCUCUUUUACAGGUAUAUUUGUCAUUAUACACUACAAUUGGAUCAAUGGUUGAUCAAGUUACCAAUGGUACUAUUGUUUUUGGGGACUCGCUCUCGAUAUCUGGUUUUAAGAUUGCACUUACUUAUAUUGAGGCUUCAAUGACUGGAAAAUUAUCUGGUCCAAAGGGAGGAAUUGUCCAACCAAUUUUUGUAGCUUCUCUCAAGAAGCAGGUGGAGGAACUCCUAAAUUGUUCCCAGGAUUUGAAGGAUGAUUUUCAUAACUAUGUGAAGUCGGGGAAGUGGCCUGAUGGGAAAUCCCGAGAGAAACGUGCCAUACUUCUUUCUUGGUUCCUCCAGUGGUUUGGGGUACCACCUUCAUCCGUGAUCCAGACUGCUAUGAACAGAGUCAAGCCUAAGCUUAUGUUUUCUUCUGUUCCGUUGUUGCGUCUGUUCUUUCCAAGCACUCAUAUCAAUGUUAUUAAUGAGAUAGAUAGGUGUUUGUCCUGCUCUUAGGUCUAGAGCCUUUAUUUCAAUGUAAUGCAUGUUCAGUUUUUGGCGAAUCAAUAUAGAAAUAUAAACAUAUUUAACAAAA